GAAUAAACCGUUUAUUCUCAUAAACCUACCUUUGCCGCACCCUGUAUAAGUAUAGAUAAAUGUGCGUAUGUAUUUCUGUAUCUGCAUCUAUCUACCUUCGUCUGCAUCUAUAUACUGUGUCCUCAUGCACCCAGCAGGCAGUAAGGACUCAUUAAGUGCCUAGCAUGCAGAAACCAGAAAAUGAAUGCGUGAAUGAAAGAACGGCCUGAACAGUGAGUGAAGAGGCGAAUGGAUAAACUGUACUAAUCUUGCCUUCCUGGCUACAGUGCGGGUAUCGCCAAGCCUCCUCCUCGGCCUCCCCCUGUGCCUAACUGGUGAGCUGGGCACCCAGCACUCCUAACUCAUGGGAUGAAAUCGACAAGAAUCUUAGGUGACGUAAGGUGAUAUGGCGCAUGAUAUAACAGACUGGAGAAUCCAAACAUCAUCGUUUUGCAGUUGCCCAGAAUCUGGAUAAAGCUGCAGCCAGAGGAAGGACCCUGGCUUUGGAAGGUGGAGCUCAGGCCGAGGAGGUAGAUGCUGCCCUUGGUCGGCUCACGCCUCUCCCGAUGUAGGAAGCCCCGUCAGGCAGCCAUGGAGUGGCACAACGACACAAGCCAGGCUCUGGGCUCACCGCCCACCACCUGUGUCUACCGAGAGAACUUUAAGCGGCUGCUGCUGCCCCCUGUGUACUCCGUGGUGCUGGCGGCUGGCCUGCCGCUGAAUAUCUGCGUCAUCGUCCAGAUCUGCUCGUCCCGCCGGGCCUUGACGCGCUCGGCCGUGUACACCCUGAACCUGGCCCUGGCUGACCUGCUGUACGCCUGCUCCCUGCCCCUGCUCAUCUACAACUAUGCCCGAGGUGACCACUGGCCCUUCGGCGACCUCACCUGCCGUCUGGUGCGCUUCCUCUUCUAUGCCAACCUCCACGGCAGCAUCCUCUUCCUCACCUGCAUCAGCUUCCAGCGCUACCUGGGCAUCUGCUACCCUCUGGCCCCCUGGCACAAGCGUGGGGGCCGCCGGGCUGCCUGGAUAGUGUGUGGAGCUGUGUGGCUGGCUGUGACAACCCAGUGCCUGCCCACAGCUUUCUUUGCCUCCACAGGCAUCCAACGUAACCGCACUGUCUGUUACGACCUGAGCUCGCCUGCCCUGGCCACCCGAUACUUGCCCUAUGGCAUGGCGCUCACAGUCAUCGGCUUCCUGCUGCCCUUCGUCGCCCUGCUGGCCUGCUACUACCGUCUGGCCCGCCGUCUGUGCCGCCAGGAUGGCCCUGCAGGGCCUGUGGCCCAGGAGCGGCGCGGCAAGGCAGCCCGCAUGGCUGUGGUGGUGGCAGCCGUCUUUGCCAUCAGCUUCCUGCCUUUCCACAUCACCAAGACAGCCUACCUGGCGGUGCGCUCUACGCCGGGUGUCUCCUGCCCCGUGCUGGAGGCCUUUGCAGCCGCCUACAAAGGCACGCGGCCCUUCGCCAGUGCCAACAGCGUGCUGGACCCCAUCCUCUUCUACUUCACCCAAAAGAAGUUCCGCCAGCGGCCACAUGAACUGUUCCAGAAACUCACAGCCAAGUGGCAGCGGCAGGGGCGCUGAGCCCCUGGGGCAGGACAGACCCCAAUAUCUCAGCCACAGCUAUUUAUUGAGCCCGUUUUUGGACCAGGCCUUGUAGGCUCAGACGCAGGGCAGCCUGAGCCUGGCCCUGCAGAAGGUCCCGUGAGCCAUGGAGGUGGAGAAGCCAUGUUAAGCUGCUCACACAAAUAUAUGUGACAUGUACUGUAA